AUGGAAGUAUCCAACGAGAAGCAAGCUAUCCCAAUUGCUGAUUUAGGUGUGGACCAGCUUACUUAUUUUCAGCGACAAAUCGAUCAGGAAAUUUCUUUUCUUACCGAAUCCUUAAAGGAACUGAAGGUUUUCGAAUCAAAAUUUAUCGCAAGCGAAGAAUCAGUAAUAAAUGCAGCCAAAGUUCCUAGUGAUGGCGAAAUUUUGGUGCCGUUGACAGAGUCGAUGUAUAUCCCUGCAAAAAUAGCUGAUUCAAAGAAUCAUUUGAUUGAAAUCGGCACAGGAUACUUCGUGGAAAUGAGCACGGAAAAAGCGGUGGAUUACUUUAGGCGAAAGCAAGCUUUCCUAAAAAAGCAGAUGGAAGUGAUAGAGGGAGUACUACCCGAGAAAUAUCGAGCUAGAAAUGCUAUUGUUGACAAUUUGCAGAAGAAAAUAAAUGUGUAUUGUUCUCAGCGAAUUGAUGGACGCAAAUGUGAUGAAUUUCGAGAAGUGAAAGUUAUCGUUGGUUCCGAGCUUGGUAGUUGUCUUGUUAUGCUUGGAGAGACGAAAGUUUCGGCACAAGUAAGUUGUUCACUUGUGGAACCUUCAGCUACGAGAGGUAAUAUGGGUACGGUUGAUGUGCAAGUAAAUAUGUCACCUAUGGCUUCUCCUGACUAUGAAGACGGCCGUCUUGGUUCGAAAGGCCUUGAACUAAUGCGAAUCCUCGAAUUGUUAUAUCGUAACUGCGGUGUUAUUGAUCUCGAAUCACUCUGCCUGAGGACAUUUAAACAGGUUUGGCAGAUACGUAUUGAUGUUCAUGUAUUGGCUUCAGAUGGGUCGUUAGUGGACUGUGCAUGCAUCGCAUCCUUAACUGCUCUUGCUCAUUUUCGAAGACCAGACGUCUCUGUGCUUCCUGAUUCCAUUAUCAUUCAUGAUAAUGACGAGAAAAUACCGAUACCACUCAAUAUCUACCACAUGCCGAUUUGUGUAACAUUUGGAAUCACUUCAGACGGUCAUAACAUAAUUGAUCCGACUGAUAAAGAGGAGCAGUGUCUAAGAGGGUCGCUUAUCGUAGCUACAAAUAAAAGGCAUGAAAUUUGCGCACUGCAUCAAUCAGGGAAUUUCUUCCUCAGUGAACAGCUGAUUGUGCAAUGUGUUGAUCGGGCAAUACAAAGAGCUGUGGAUGUGUCAGAGCUGAUAAAUUCAGUCAUCGCAGAUGACAAUUUGAAAAGAUCGAAUCGACAGCAAGUAAAUGGAUUUAACGAACUUAUAAAGUUAAAUGUGCUUACAACGCAUCAGUGCGAACCCAAUGAACUUAUUGCCCCUGCAGUGAAAACUGAUGCAUUAGAAAAUAUUCCUACCACGGAAGAGAUCGUCACAGUUGGUGACAACCAGAUGCAGAUUGAUAGUAAAAAUAAAGUGGCAAGACAAAGGAACAAUGAGGACGUUAAACUUAUGGAACAGGUUCAAAGUAUUACCUCUUUAGAUGAAUCAAAAGGACAAGAAAAUAAGAAUCCGCAAGAUCUGGAAGAAGUGGACGAGCUCUUGCAAGGCAUUGAAGAAGAAUAUGGAUUAUCUAGCUGA